GGAUAUUCGUCCGAUCGUGCGUGCGGAAGAUCUUGUGACGGGGGAGGUUGCAUUCCUUCGAUCUGGAUAAGGGUUGGCCGAUGAACGAAGUUUGUAGAUUCGGACAGCGAGAUUCAUGUGAGCUGUGAAUAGAGGUGACGGUGACGGUGACGUGCUGAUUGGUGGCUGAUAGGCUUGAAGCCGCAGAGUGUUCAAGCAUCUUGAUUUUUGCAUCGUGCACUUGCACUUCCUUUCGUUCUUGAAACAUCAGGAAUCGAAUCGAAUGAGUGACAAUAAGAGAAGAGGAGAAUCGAUUGAGUGACAAUAAGAGAAGAAGAUUGUUCUAUGUGGUCGAGGAGGGCUGCUCCAUGGCAUCGAAGUCCUGCCGAGUGAAUGAUGCGCGCACAAUUUAUCUUUCUUCGUUCUUUCCUUCAUCAAGCCUGGCCCUCCGGAAUCCCACCGAGGUAAGAAAGGCGGUUCUGGGACUAGAUGGGGUUUUUUUUUGUGGAACUCCGAGAUGAGAAAGACAAUUUUCGGCACCGACGGCUUUGACCUUGUGCAUGUUCGAGCUCUGCUGCUUGAGCGCGUUCGCAACUUUGCACGCUUAGGGUUCUGAAGGCUUCCUCGAGGGUCGCGUACAGCUGCUUCGUCUGACUCAAAAUGAAGAUGUGAUGUACACACAUCUCCGUGGCAUUUUUGUAGGCAGUGGACGAAGGCGAAAAUGAUUUGGAAAAAAGGAGUCAGAAAUAUAUAAGAAGAGGAAGACCGUCAGCAUUAGAAUAAUGAAAGAGCUUCAGCGUCAGUUGUCGUCCAGCCUCUGGUUGGGACCCAAUAUCCAAGUGCGACUCUUUUUCCUUCGAGGUGUAAUUAGCACGAGAACUUUACAGCAUUGUUGAAUACUCUCAUCUAGAACAAGCCGACACAGAAAAAAAAAGUGGCGCAGUUCGCGCUAAAUUUGGGCGGACAGGAAACCAAGCGAGCCCCAACUUUUGCAUUCGUUGGGAGAAAAGCGCUGAGCCCCUUUCCACAUGCUUAGCUGCUAGCGGAGAACAUCGCCAUGCUCCCGAUUGGCUCACGAAAAAGUAGGGCCAGGGAAAAGUUUACCAUUACCUCGAGGUUUUCCUAGCGAUUACAGCUGGUCGACCAAGAAUGCGCAUGCAUGCCAUAGGUGGAUAAAUUUUGCGUCAGGCAACGAGACUGCUAGUGCUUCUCUUUCGUAUGACGCCGUUCUUAACGGCAUGGAAGGCGCAAGGUCGAGGAGGGCCUGGCAUGUGGGAGAGGUGAUGGACUCUGGGACUAAACCUCGCGGUCUGGUCAACGGGAUCCCGAGUCAGACACGUUUGUCUGUGCGGUGCGGCCUACAGGACAGCACAGGACGAGUCGAGUGUGCAUACACUGGACUGCUGUCAUCGGUCAUCGAUGGUUGGGCUCGAUUACCAUCAGUGAAGAUAAAAUCGUCCCACUGAGGGUAGCAGUUCGGUGAAUCCGGAUAUGACUGCUCCAGUCGUGGAUAGUCAUAUCUAUACUUCUGAUUUACCAAGUCAGAGGUGGUGAAAAUCCUUCAAAGUUUGAGCCCUAUAUUCUGGACGGUAGCCAAUUUUUUUGACGAAUACAGUGCACUACGGUACUGAUUCUGAAAUAUGGAGCGGAUAUCUGCAGGGCGACCGCCGGGAUAUGUUUUAGCGUUUCGACCGUCAGCGUGUGCAGUAACUGGCGACGAGACUGAGAUUCGGGGCUGACCUUGGUGCCCACCACUUUAUACCAUAUACAUCUUAUAGCGAAACGCCAUGUCGAUAUCUAAUCGCCAAGUCCUUGCUUCGUUCGUGUUACGGGUCACAUAAGUCCUAGAACUCUAGGACUGAGGAGGAAAUUCCAUCUUUCAGCAAUCAUCGAUCUCUGUCGUUCAAGCAACUCUGGAGGCCGAUAGAUGGGCGAGUACUCCAGGACAAGCUCAAGGAGCCUUAAGACGGCAUGAUCACGGUUUGCUUGUCUAGAGAGCUCCAAGCCUGCUUAAGAGGAUAUACAUGAUGGAAUGGACUUGAGUUCUACCCGGAUAGCUCAUGCUGAUCACAGGAAGUUCCAUCAUGACAAGCUCGUGAUUAGGGACACAAAGAGUGGAAAGUAUGCAUGUUCUGACACUUGUGGGCCCAAGACGUCGGUCGCAUGCAUGAAGUCCGUCACUCCUGCAGAAUGAGUGAAUAUACAAUUGCAUGAUCAUUCACGCCAUCCAGAUCUGUUGGAAUGAAGUAUGAAAGGGGCCCGCCAUCUUCGCAACGUUGCCCAUGGGGAUGGAAUGACUAUAAUAGGUAUAAUGUCCACCGGUUGAAAUAUGCUCCAUUAUAUGCUUCAGCCAGGUUGAAACAAAAGACUAUAGUUGGUCGGCCGGACGACGGGACAUACUUCCGACUUGGAGCGGACCGGACGAGUGUAGGAAAGUGCUGAUAGGAGUGCAGGAACGGAAGGACUUGAACUGACACGUGAAUCAUUGAGAAUUUACUAUGUACGGGGGGGACAAAAGAUCAUGUGGAUAAUCAUCUGGACCACAAAUGCAACGUUUGGAUGUCGAAGGCGGAAAUUCCUUCCUUCCACUGCAAAGCUAUGCUGCUCCUUCGCUCCUAAGAUAUCGGCAAGGUGUCGAAUCAGCGUCAGGCAUAGAAACAUACUUAUUCAUAGCGUUCAGGAGGGAAUCUCAAUUCUGACUCCAAUUCUCGCCAAACUAACCAGAGAAUGCGGCUCCUAAAAUCGAGUCAUUCUCUCUGUAUUUCAGAGGACAUUUACCCCCUACUCGAGAAGUGUAGACACAUACUGAAAGCUGCCGUACUUCUCGCGGGGCUCUCACUCUCCGCAAAACUCUGAUUCAUCUGACCGCCAGCGUCAAACCUAUGACAGCAAUCGUGCUUUUGAUAGACCAAAACACACGUCCUGUUCAGCUUGUGGAUCGUCGACAGUGACAUUCUUUUCCGUAGCUAUUGUGUCCAGACCACCGAGUCCUCUUAAUCCAGUUGGGCACUGCUGUGGAGCCACCGGCACCUUCGAUUCAACCCAAUCGCGGGCGAGCUGCUCACCAGGCCACAGCUGGUGCGGGGGCUUCCGUCACCCGCGAACUCUUGGGAGACUAAGGGACGCUGUGUGAGAAACCUCCGAAGGUCCUUCGCGAAAGCAGAGGACCAGUAACGUCAACUAGAGAACAAGGUCAAAGCUUUGCUGUACAGAGUUCCGAUGCGGAGGUGACUUUCAAGCAUCUGGUGGGAGGAAACGAGUAAAACCAUGACUCGGUCGGGCCCAUUGUAUGGACAAGGAUCAAUCAUCGUGCAUGGGUGGUGGACUUGUGGAGAUUCCAGGUCCAAGGCCACAAGCCUUAUUUUUAACUGUACAAUUUAAAAUGCUUAUUACAGAACUGUAGGUCCUUGAAUUGCGAGAGCCACAUUAUGAGCAUUGAAUUUUCAUUAACCAGCACUCUGAUUGGUUAAUAUUGUGCAUUCUGUUUCCCAAUAUUAGCUCAGUCCCGCCUCACCCGUUGCCUGCAUUCAACCUGCAUCGACACCUCUUGGUCUCCACAACGUCUUGAUUCUGUCUAAGCAGUUUCCGGCCCUAUGUGGACAACAAGCUAUCGUGACACUUUGCACUUCACAUAGUCUUUUCUGAUUACUCCUCUCAAGUAGCCAUCUAUCCAAAGACAGUCUGACCCUAACAUGGUAAUCUUUGAGCAGAAUCUGCUUAUGGAAAAAGUGUGACCUUAGUGGGGAGGGUUGAGGGGAGGGGAGGGGGUAGGGGGAUUAUUUGAAAGAAGGGUUAUCAAGGGUGUGGGGGUAGAAGUGAUUUUGCUUUCCACUUGGACCCUCUUUCUCCGUUUGAAAGAAGGGUAAACUACGGUUACAUCGUCAAUCACGAUCAUACUUCUAAGGAUAUAGAAUAAUUUCGAGCAACCGAGCUUACCAUCGAUGAGUUCUUAUGCACAUCAAGCUGGAUGAGAGGGAGAAUCGUAAGCUGCAUUGGAGCGAACUGGAAAGUGAAGAUGGAGAGGUACUGACAUGAGUUCGAGCAACCACGAG